AUGGACGAAAUGGAUACACGAGUUCCAGACCCGUUCGCCGUUGGAGAUGACGAGGAGGAGGUUGAAGCUUACAAUGAUAAUCUAUUAACGCCAACUGUACCAGCACAGGAGGCCCCUGGAGUGCAAUCACCAUCUCCAGUGCAAAAGGAUGCGCCUCCGAUUCCUCCUCCUAAAAUAAUCACGAAAUCACAAGGUGAUAUACGACCUCUGCUCUCUGUGAACAUGUUCCUGCCCGUACCAGACUCGGAUCCCUUGACGCUGCUAGUCGCAAAGUAUAUUCCGGACCCGCAGGCACGUCCGCGUAGAGAUUUGUCGGGAGACUAUACGCACACCGACCUGCGUACACUCAUUAUGACGAAUAGUUGGCGUGCUACUGCCCGACUUGCGAGGGACCAACUCACAUCGGGCCGCGUUCAGGAUGUUUCCGAAGUCCUCGAGUGGUGGUGUCUCCGCCUUCACUCGCUUGCCCGUCUACGAUUGUAUAAUCAAACGGCAGCCGAGUGCACGACGCUAUUCAACGUAAUCUCUUCACUACAGCCUCCUGAAUUUUGCAAUCAUGUCAAAGAUCUCCUCCCACUCGACUUGGACCUCUGCCGCUGUCGGCUACGUUAUUGGGCGAACGAUUCGAUCGGAUAUGUCGAUGCAUUGAUGCUUACUCUCAACUCGUGUAAACGUAGUCUUGCAAAGGCUAUGAAGCGAAACGUGCAAAAUGCAACUGUGGACGGGUCAGUCGAGAGGUGGACAGAACGGUGUGCACGAGUAUCACUCGUUCUGGCAUCCCAAUUGGUCGAGAUGAAGCAAUACACGACGGCCACUCGCAUUCUGGAAACCAUGAUCCUCCAUCCAUCAGCUCCACCAGACCUACAAGGUGCACUCGCAAUGGUCUACCUCCAAGUAGGUGAUCUCGGCGCAGCUUCUUUUCAUCUCAACGAACUCGCCGUCAAUUCACGAGUGGAUCAAGUCACGAAGACUACGAACGAGAUCCUCAAGGCGUGCUUCAUGGGUGAAUGGGCUACGGCCGUCGAUAUGCUGCAGGGGAGAGCAGAAGAGUUGGUACAGACGGAGAAUUACGUUCAGCGCGCGAUCGACGCAAACAAUCUGGCAGUCGCCUUGCUAAAUCUGGGCAAGCUCUCCGAGGGAAUCGCCGUGCUCGAAGACAUCUUUGUACAGUCCCCGUCCAUGGCUGUCGUCGCCGAGCCACUUAUCUUCAAUCUCGCGACGAUGUAUGAGCUACGGUCCAAUACAGCCAUGGACCGUAAGACGGCAAUGCUGUCAAAGGUUGCACUCUGGAGCGGUGACGGCUUGCGACAUGCUGUCCUUAAACUCGGAUAG